CAGCAAACAGAUUGGAGAAAGGCAGAGCGAAUGUGUGAGCUGCAACACAAAGUAACAGGGAACUGGGAGAGAGAUGCUCACACAGCUUAAAAAGUCCAAACAAAAGGCAGUCAAGGGGAUUGGUGGCAUCACGAGUGAAGAGGAUGAAGGCACGCACUGGAUGGAGACAGGAAAUGCUGAAGGACUACAGGUGGAAGACCAGUUUUUAAACCUCCGACCAUAGGAGAACGACAAAGUGGAUGACACAUUUUUGCAGAUUGCGUGAACAUCAUUUUGCAUUGGAUACCUCAGGAUACUAAAGAAUAAAUAAGGCAGUUUUGAUUUAUGUUAAAAAAUUUAUAAGUUAUUUGGUUAUCUGAACGACCGCAAACUAUUGUUCACAAGUGUUCUCUACGGAAAUUCUUCUAAUUUCUCAGCCUUUCUGGGCCAAAGUGAGAGAAAGAAACACACUGAAGGACAAUGUGAGGCUGAGAAUAUUACUUUAGAAAACUGCGGAAAAAGGAAAAGAAAGUCACCAUACAUCCUUCCAGCACAAAAAUCCUCAAAAGAUGGACUUGACAUCUUACAUUUGACCUGGUUUGCCAGAUUAAGUGCUUAGUUCUUCUGGAAUAAAAUGGGAAGAAUGAAGCUCGUUGGAAAUGAAUCUGUACAAUUGCAAGUUUAACAUGGCUGGCAGCUCACGGCAACAUGUGUCGCUGCAUCAUCUCCUCAAAAUGCCACAAAGAUGGAACGUCAAUUCAAGCAAAAAGAAGUGGAUAAGGAUUUGAAAGACAUUUUACAAUCGGCCUGAUUGGAAGUCUUGCCAAGAUGUUUGGAUGAGGUGGUCGACUGAGAGCAUGGAUCCAGAGAGCACACAGGGCAGUUUGCUCAGCAAGGUUAAUGUACCUGACCAUGCUCACUACAUUGUCGCUAUGUUUGUAUUUGUCAUUGGGGCACUCGGCAUCACUGGGAAUGCUCUGGUUAUGUUUGCCUUCUACAGCAACAAGAAGCUUCGCAACCUGCCAAACUAUUUCAUCAUGAACUUGGCCAUCAGUGAUUUCCUCAUGGCUUUCACACAGUCUCCUAUCUUUUUCAUAAAUUGCCUCUACAGGGAAUGGAUGUUUGGGGAGACAGGAUGUAAAGUUUAUGCAUUCUGCGGAGCCCUGUUUGGCAUUUCUUCCAUGAUAAACCUGCUGGCCAUCUCAGUCGAACGGUAUCUGGUUAUUACCAAGCCCCUGCAGACUAUCCACUGGAGCUCAAAAAGAAAAACAACUCUUGCAAUUUUCUUGGUCUGGUUUUAUUCCUUGGCUUGGAGUCUGGCUCCUCUGGUUGGCUGGAGCUCUUACAUCCCUGAGGGCCUGAUGACAUCCUGCACAUGGGAUUAUGUUACCUACACGCCAGCUAAUAGAAGCUACACAAUGAUGUUGUGCUGUUUUGUUUUCUUUAUUCCACUGGGAAUUAUUCUUUACUGCUAUCUCCGAAUGUUCCUGUCAAUAAGAAAGACCACCAGGGCGGUGGAACGUCUUGGAACUCAGGUGAGAAAAUCUACUGUGAUUCAACAAAAGACCAUUAGGAGUGAAUGGAAACUGGCAAAGAUUGCCUUUGUUGUCAUUGUGGUCUACGUUCUGUCCUGGUCUCCAUACGCCUGUGUCACACUCAUUUCCUGGGCUGGUCAUGCCGACAUCCUGUCGCCGUACUCUAAAGCAGUCCCUGCGGUCAUAGCUAAAGCCUCCACCAUCUACAACCCCAUCAUAUAUGCUAUCAUACACAACAAAUACAGGAUGACCUUGGCAGAGAAAGUUUCUUGUCUGAGGUUCCUGUCUCCUAAUCCUCCAAAAGAAUGCACCUCCUACUCCUUCAGUGAGUCCUCUUUCAGGGACUCCAUCAUCAGCAGACAGUCUUCAGUCUCAAGAAGUCACUUUAUCAACACUUUGCCAAGUCGCGCCGAUAUGGAACUAAAGGAUGUGCAGAUGGAAGCUGUGAGUAGAAAAUCCAGCAAUUCUUUCAGGGUGAUGUCAUCGUACAGAGGGUCUUGCAGAGAAAGAUCCUGUAAGAGGCAACCUGAGUGGAAAAAGAUAAACACCUAUACAACAGAGAAGCAUCCAUCUACCCUUGGUGACCCACUGAGCGACUUGAACCAUGAACUGGUUUCCAACUCUUUGACUAUCGCCACUCUCCCCUUGCUUCUUUCUACAAAAAGGUGCAGCAAGAAUCUAAUCAGCGAGAUUCCCGGAACUCACGAGGAGAAAAGCCGCACUGUCGCCAGGCUCAAAAACUGCAUAAGUGACUCCGCUGAUUCACUGCAUCAAGAAAAAAUACCAUCCAGUGCCCCCAGGUCACCUCAGGGUGUUCCACGGAUUAUCGUCAUUAGCCCCACUAGUGAGAGCAGCCUCAUCAACUAUGACAGCAUUCCAUCAGAAGACAGCUUUGAAUCAAUGGAAAACAACCUUUUUGUUAGCCUGAACUUCUCAUCAGAAGUUUUUGAGGCAGUGAAACUACUCUCUUGAGCCACUGGACUCCCGACAACAAGAAACGUGUUUGUUUUAAUGAAGUUGUGGACAAGGGACAAGAGAUCUUCUGUUUGUCAGGACUUAGCAGGUUCGGACUCAUCCUUAAGUUUGUUUGUAAGGUCACGUAAGAGUACAGAAAAGUUACAGUAAAUACAAGAACAAAUUAAAUGCAGGCAUGAUGUGCAGUGCCUAUCAGAGUUGGCACCUGGACAAAUUAAGGCGGAAGGGGGGGUUUCUGCAAGCUUUUUGCUGAUCCUUGAAAAGUCCUAACAGCAGUUUGUGUUGCCAAACUUGAAGUGAAAUAUUUUUUGUGUGCAACUAUCUAGUGAAACUUUGAUUUUCUACAAGGGAGUUUAAUAAAAGACUGUUCUAAUUUGCAAUACAACCCUGUAAUCAAUGUGGAUACCUAAUCUGUAAUUAUUCUUAAAGCUAAAUGAUUCCCCUCAAGACAGUGUUAAAUAACAGAAGAAAUGGGAGCUGAUGAAAAGGAUCUGUCACAAAAGUUUAAGUUCUGUAUUCAUUUGUCAUCCUCUUAAAAAAUAAAGAACAGUAAUGAUAUUAAGUUGUAA